ACGUGGGUAAACAGGAAGUGCUUUUGCAUUUCGCGGGUUAUAUGGUGUGGAGUGUAUGGAAAUGGCGGGUGUAAAUGAGAUGGAGAAGAAGCUGGCGGAGUAUAAAUGUGACACCAACGAAGCAAUAUGCUUAAAAUUAGUGCGUUUUCCAGAAGAUAUAGAAGAUGAAAGCACAACAUUUCACCCGGAGUACAGCCAUCAGCUUUUCGGUGAUGAUGAAGUGGCUUUUGGAUACAAAGGACUUCAGAUUCAGUUGUACUACACUGCUGGCAAUUUAAGCACACUGUUUAAAGUAAAGUAUGAUUCCAGAGUCACCGAAAAGUUUGACUGUGUGGAGCCUGAUGAUGUCGAAGGGAAGCUCAGAGAGAUUAUUCCUCCAGGCUUCAGCUGUAAUACAGAUGACUUUCUCUCGCUUUUGGAGAAAGAGGCCAACUUCAAGCCGUUCGGAAGCCUCCUGCACACCUACAAAGUUCACAAUGUGGAAGAGGGAGCAGAUCUGACUUACAUGAUACACAAGGCAGAUGUUUUAAGUCCAGGAUUUAGAGAGUACCAUGAACGCCUCCAGACUUUCCUCAUGUGGUUUAUUGAGACAGCCAGCUUCAUUGAUGUUGAUGAUGACCACUGGGACUUCUUUCUUGUAUUCGAGAAAUACAAUAAGGAUGGGGAAACUCUCUACGCUACGGUUGGCUACAUGACAGUGUAUAAUUACUACGUAUACCCAGACAAAACCAGACCACGUGUCAGCCAGAUGCUGAUCCUGCCACCAUUUCAAGGAGAGGGUCACGGAGCUCAAUUGUUAGAGACCGUUCACAGGUUCUACUGCAACUCGCCCAAAGUUCAGGACAUCACAGCGGAGGACCCAUCUGAGAACUACGUGAAGCUGAGGGACUUUGUGCUGGUAAAGCUGUGUAUGGCUCUGCCCUCUUUCUCAACAGAGAAAUUGGCUCUGGGCUUCAGUGAGGAGAUGGCCACAGAAGCUCGUGAGAAACUGAAGAUAAACAAGAAACAUGCCAGGCGGGUAUAUGAGAUUCUCCGUCUUAGAAACACAGACAUGAGUGAUGAGGAGAAGGCAAGAGAGUUUCGGCUGGAAGUAAAGAAAAGACUUUUUGGACCGUACAGAAAGAACCAACGUGAGCUGGCGAAGAUGCGCAAGUGUUUGCGCCCGGAGGAGCUGGCAUCUCACAUCAAUCAGAUAGACACAAAGUUACAGCAUGAAGAACUUGAGAAGAGCUACCAGGAAGUUGUGGGAGAGUAUCGCAGAGUGCUUGAAAGACUGGCUCAGGCAUGAACACACACACAUACACCCCGCACACAGACCAUGGGGGGUAAUUGGAAAACCCUUGCAUCUUUUAGCAACCUGACUGCUUUAGGGACAAGAUGGAAAAAAUAAGUAGUUACAUUGAUCACCACAUGUCAUUUUUGUUUUAAACACCGUAUCUUUGUGGGUGGUUUUGAUCUGCGAAGGUUUUGGGUCCUGUUUAUUAACGUUAGUUUAUUUCAUUACUGAUAAUGUUUCAGAAAGAUCGUGUGGCAGGUUUGUUUUUUACGUCUUUUUUUCCUUCCCUUUAAUCCAGUAAAAAGAUGUGUAGGUUUUGAAGCACUUCCUAUGGAGAAAGAAAAAUAAAUGUUUUGUAUAUUG